GGUGGCUUUCAUUAGAAAUAUGAAUGGUGACACCCAGGAGAUAUCUAGACUGGGUGUGUUUUGUAAGGGUUCUUGCUCUUUUUCCUUUUCAUGAAAAUGACCCGCGCGCCUUAUUAUUGAAAAGUAAAUAGUGAUAAAAAAAAAUCUUUGCUACAAGUAGUUUAAUCAAACGCAGCCACACAUACACUGCUGGCAGUAUGUCGUACCUGGAGCGGCGAUAGCAGGUAGUCUGUUGAAUUAAGUUCUCUUGAGAUCACACCCUGUCGCGUGCUUCCCCAUGACGCACUCACGCCCUGUGUGGUCAAUGCGUUCACCACGAGACAUUUGUCACGCGUCUUAGCGAGGACAGAGACCAGCAUUUGAUUAACGGACAUAACUGUCACAGCUAAAUCUCUCACAGACGUGCAUACGCCAACCUGCUUCCUACACAAGUGGAGAAAGCUAUCAAAGUGCUGGCAGCAGACAUUGUCUCUUUAGUCUCGGGUGAGACAGACCGCGGACAAGUGACAGAAAAUCAUGUGGUCACCGAGAGUCGGAGCUAUUUCUCUAUCUCUGCUGGUUCUCACUGUUUGCUGGGACAUCACGACUGUAGGUAGUCCCAAUAACAAGUUACACAGCAACACUGAGGUCCGGCACAGUAAGGAGGGAGGUCAGGGUGAGCUCAGAGUGGGCACACGACAGGACGACACGAUGGCAGAACUGUGGGAAUACAUCGGUCAACACCCAGCCACCGUCAGUGGGCCGAGACCGUUACGCCAAACGUGGAGACGCAGGACCCCGGAUGUCGUUAGGAGGUGGAGUCGAUGGAACGUGCACGCAGGCGUCCCGAUGUUUAGUCUUCACUCACUAGGGAACUCCACUUCACAGUCCUUCAACACACGUGUCACUCAUACAUCCUCUAACAAAAGACCCAGAAGUACAUCGAGCAGUAUACUCGUCAGUGCAUUCAGCAGUGCAUUCAGCAGCAGACCCAGCAGUAGACCCAGCAGCACAUUCAGCAGUAGACCCAGCAGUACAUUCAGCAGCACAUUCAGCAGUAGACCCAGCAGCACAUUCAGCAGUAGACCCAGCAGCACAUUCAGCAGUAGACCCAGCAGUACAUUCAGCAGUAGACCCAGCAGUACAUUCAGCAGUAGACCCAGCAGCACAUUCAGCAGUAGACCCAGCAGUACAUUCAGCAGUAGACCCAGCAGUACAUUCCCCACCACGUCCAGUCUGCCUAAGGCGCGGCGCUUGGUGACGGUGGAGCCAGGCUACUUGCUGGUGAUGACGAAGGCGAGGCCCAGUAAGGGCGGUGCUGACGCAGACGACCUGAUCUUUGUGCCAGAGACAGAGCAGGUCAGGGUGGACUCACUGCAAGAAACAAGUCUUAAAAAGGGCGCAGACAGCGACGAAGAGCAAUCUACAUCAGAAAAGCCUCUUGUACUCCAACCGUUUUCUAAAACUACGGACAAAGGGAAGACACCAUCCUGGACAAGCAAAAGCAACUCUUCAAACUUCAAUAAUGUAUCAAAGUUUUACGGAUAUAUCAACAAUAAGGUUAAUGAUGAAGCAGGAGUCACGCCGGCAGUCACCAGGGUCACACUAAUGACCAGGACGACCAGCCCAUUCCAGGGUGGGGAUGGGGGUGAGGGUGGGAGAGCAGCUGUGGAUGUCAGCGAGACAGUCAUUACCAGGAACUCCGAGCGACCAGCUACUGCGUCAGGAACUGAAGACAGCAUUAGCAGCGCCGUCUUCAUCUCUGACCUGCCAGGGAGACGACAGAGUCAUCAGCCAGCGUGGCGUUACCAUUUGACACGCACAGGCCUGGCCAAAGACAAGACUUUAUGACGUUACCACCCAACAGCCACACCUCUAGCCAACGACAGGACUACGUGACGUUACCACCAGACAACCACACCUCUAGCCAACGACAGGACUACGUGACGUUACCACCCAACAACCACACCUCUAGCCAACGACAGGACUACGUGACGUUACCACCCGACAACCACACCUCUAGCCAACGACAGGACUACGUCACGCUACCACCCAACAGCCAAAGCUUGGUGCUGAGGCCUACAUGACGUCACUACCAAGACAGCUGGAUGUCACUGUGCAUCGGCGUCGGCGACAGGUGGACACAACUGAUACUACGACCUUCAGCGGCACAGGUAAGGAGGGAGGUGUGACAGAAGCAGGGUAGAGUGGCGGUGUUAGUCUGUUGAUAAAGUCAUUGUGUGUAUUAUAUAUUGCUAAUGCUCAGUACUAUGUAUGUUGCUAAUCUCAGUACUAUGCAUGUUGCUAAUGUCAGUACUAUGUAUGUUGAUAAUCUCAGUACUAUGUAUGUUUGCUAUGCCAAUACUAUGAUAGUCUGUUAAUGUCAGUACAGAAGAAAACUUCAGAUGCAUUGUCUUUAUCUUUGUGUUUUGCGACAGAUGACAUUAGUUCAUGUGUCGGAUGUUUCGAUCCACGCUUUGCCAUUUGUGAACAGUUGAUACAUGUGUCAGUCAGCUACCAGCUGAGAGAUGUUUUCUACAUUUCUUUAACCCUACUGCAUAAAUAGAUUGACAAGUGUUUUGCAUGUGUAAAAUAUGCAAUAUUAUGCAUGAAGUGUUUACUAAUGUUUAUUGAAGAACGAUCUGAGUGUGCACAAAGUACAGCUAAGUUAUAUUUAUGUUCGCACGGCAGGCAUGUUGAAUACACUUUAUAUAUAUGUGUGUGUAUCUAUAUAUAUUUUGCACAUUUUUUAAGUUUAUGAAACUGAUUUUUUUUUUUGGGGGGGGGGUGGUGAGUUUGGAUGACUAAGACAUUUAUUAAUAUGGUCUUACAUGUAGUUAACUAUUGUGUUCUUGUUAUUUAUAAUUAGUCGUAUUUUCAUGUCUUUAAAGUGAGGUUGCAGUACGAAUUAUCUGAUCAUAGCUAUUUGAGCUGCUUUUUGCUCUUCUAGUGAAAGUGAUUUGCAUUCUUAUGCACGUUUGAUAUCGUGAGUUGCAGAUCAGUGCAUUUCUCUUGUGGUUUGCAUCGCUAUUGAAGGACUAAGUUUAGGUCUGUAGACAGGUGCUGUCUACCUCUGCUGAGCCCACCCUUGCCAUGUCCCUGAUGCCAUCAGCUCCGUCCGCUCUAGUGAGUGGUUGCUGCCAACUGACAAAUGUUGCACAAGGUACUGUUACAUUAAAGUCACAACUCCACUGACAGGCAGGCAAUCAGUGUGAGCUGUCGACAGCCCCACAGACAAAGGAUUUUUCCACAAUACACUAUUUAUUUAGUGUUUUACUAUUUCCUAUGAUCCAUUUUUAAAAUUUAGCCUAUUAUCUUACUUUAUCAUCUUAAGAUCCAUCUUUUACUGUUUCACUUCUGUUUCUGUGUGUUAUUACACCAUACUAUCGACGUUUUAUUGUCUCCUAAUAUCUAUGUUUCACUAUGUAUUCCCAUACUAUGUGUCCCUAUCCCUUACUCAGCUUACUGUGUAUCACUGUUUUAUUGUAUAAUUGUAUCUUCCUGUGAGAAAAAAAUGAACCCUUUGGUUCAAGAUGAGAACAACCGACUGGUUGUUAAUGUCUGUCUUUGUGACACACUACUGUGUUGUAAUCACCAGUACUUAUCAAGUGUUUUAGAUGAACUGCGGUUUUGUAACACCACAACGGACAAGGAGGACCCUGAGUCGGAUGCUCUGAUCUCUGUUGGCAUCUACCCUGCACUUCUCACCGGCACAUCGCACAGGGUCAGGACAAGUUCGCUAUGGUGUGGCCCUAGCAGCUGAUUCUAUGUUGACAAAAAUAGUGUUAAGGAUUCCUUUGGAUGCUUCAUCAGUCAUUCGUCCCUUUGCUGGCACUGAUCGUUGUGGGGAGCAGAUGAAUAGACCCUGCAGUUGACAAAGCUGCUUUGGGUGAUAGUGAGCAUGUCCUGUACAGGACCACCAGUCCACUCCUUCACAUUCGUCAGCCAGUUUUUCCUCUGAUCAUCGAGGUGUCGAUCAUCGUCGAAUGUACCUUGAAAGACAGUCUUUGGAUGAGUGUUGUGCCGAGCCACGUGACCGAACCAGACCUGCUGACGCCGCUUGUCUGUAGUAAGAAGAGGUUCCUGGUGUCCUGGCAGAGUGGCAUCCAUAUUUCAUACGAAAUCGUUUCCUUAUGUUACCCUGUACGAGAUGCGAAGCAGCCUUUUUGUUCUCCAAUGCUAGAGAGUUCCUCUACGUAUCAGCUAGCAGAGUCCACAUGUUCAUAAAGCAUAGUCGCUGUUACGAGGGACUUGUACAGACUGUAAUGUGUAGCAAGCCUUAUGUUAUGAAAAUAAAUAGUAUUCAUAUUGGUAA